AUGGAAAAGCCACCUGCUGCUUCCGGUCAUAACAUCACCAGCUCUGACAAUAUUCAGACAUGGAAUUUGAGAGUUUAUGUCCACUGUGAAGGAUGCAAGAGGAAAAUCUUCAAACUUCUUCAGAGCAUCGAUGGUGUUUAUAAGACGGUUAUAGACUCAAAGCAGCACAAGGCUACAGUUACUGGAUCGAUCAAUGGUGAUACUCUCGUCCAGAAGCUUCUCAGAUCCGGUAAGCACGCCGAAAUUUUGACAACAGACAACGCUUCUGGAAAGAAGAACGACGCCAUAACCACAGCUGAUGAUGUCAACGAAGAAUCUGAAAACGAUCAAAAAGUAGCUGAGCCAGCUGCCAGUGGUGGUGGUCGUAAAAAGAAGAAAAACAAUAAUAAUAAUAAUAAUAGUGCUAAAGGUGAUACUACUGAAGGCCUGUUAGCGGCUUCCAUGGAGCAUUCAAAUCUCGGCCCUCCUAGUCAUCAGGUGGCACCGUAUGAUCUGCCACCAUAUCAAAACUACUACCCUACACCAGCAUACGGGGGGAUGAGUUACAGUGCAUCUUACCCCAGUGUUGAAUCCUCAUACCAUACCCUACCAGUGUAUGGAUAUGCCCAAUCACAUCCGUCGGUUAACUAUUAUCGUCCACCACCACCCCCAACGUACUAUUGUAGAAGCGCCUUUGAUGAUCAUGAUGACGAUGAUGAUGAAGGUGGUGAGGGAAGGCGUUGCACUUUCAUGUGA